GAGCUUUCCCUCGAGACGAAUGCGUUGACUGCGAUUCCAUCGGCGGCCCUCGUGAAUCAGCGUGGCACCCUGACGAAUCUCAACCUCGGUCUAAACAACAUCAACGAGGUACCAGUCGGCGCUUUGGACUUUCCCAACCUCACGUCACUUUCGCUCGAAUUCAAUGGAAUCACUGUGAUACCGCCGCAGGCCUUUCAGGGUGUUCCCAAUCUUCAGUAUCUCUAUCUUACUGGUAACAAAUUUCCAUCAUGGGCACCGGAAAUGUUCCGCUACAUCAACCAAUUGAGAACACUUGGUAUCGGUGAGACACCGAUCUCCGUCAUUCCCAACAAUGCUUUCAUGUUUUUCAAAGCUUACUUAACCCCUGAAAGUUUGAACGGUAUUCAGGGCAUUUCUAACUAUAAUCAACUUCAAACACUGCCAGAAAAUGUCUUUAUGAACUCAUUCCUGCCACGACCAAACGAUAGACGAGUAAUCUACUGCUGCGGAAAUCCGUGGUUCUGUAACAAUGAUCUUCUAUGGUUCCGACAGCUACUUCGUGAUAAUCUCGACAUCGACAUUGAAAAACCCGGCUGUCUUGCCGUGUGUGCUGCAUCGCCCACCGGUUGUCCAGCUGAGGGCACUCCACUGCGAGCAGUCGACUUUUGUUUGGAAAACGAAGAACCGCAGCCACUCACCGGAAGAGCGCUGUCAUUGGUCGGUUGGAUUAUACUAGCGAUUAUCAUGACGAUUCUUCUGAUAUCGAUCUGUCUGCUGGCGAUGGUUCGAUACGGUAUGAGUCACCGACGAAAAAAACAAAAGGACCAAGAGCUUGAAGAUGACGCUCGAAUGAUGUCUUCCGCAGCAUCGAUCUAUGGAGGUGGUGGUAUAUCAGCGAUAGACCGUCCGUACUCAACCCUGCCACCAGUGAACCUCGAUCUACCACCUGCACAUACGCUCGACGAUCGGCCAAACAACUAUUUUUACUGA